CGUUCAAAGAGAUUACUGCCGCUAUCGUCUGUCAUUGAGUUCAGUCGGCCAGUCAUGAUUGCACGACAGCCAAGGCGGCACGUUGACUUGGCUGCAGUGACGUUGUAACGUUAGUUCCCAAUGACUAUUCUUCAGAACCUAGGGGAAGGUAUCCACGGAUUGGGACAAAGAUUUCUUCUGCUUAAGACUCUCUGAAGGAUGACAAACUGGCGAAUUUGGACUAACUGUAUUUGGAACCAAGUCAACCUUAACCAGGCUUUCGUUGAGCUAACACUGCUAGCGUUAGCAAGCUAAAACAUUGGCGUUAAUGUUACCUUGCCCAUAGCAACUCGAGUUUGGCUCAAAGUUGUCCACAGACGAGUGCAGGCAUUUAUAAAACAAAGGCAACUGCAUGUCGUUUUAACAUUACGUACACUGCGCUCAUAUUAAGUUCUGAGCUUUGCGUUCUGCAGUCUGAAACUUUCAAAUUAGUUUUUGCCAUACGUUUGAAUUGACGCAGCCAUGGGUAAUUGCUUGGGUUGGCCAUUUCGCUACGUUAACUCAACGUUAAUCUGACAUUGCUAGCUGAGUCUUUUCAAGCCUGAGCCAGAAAUGGUCGAUGCUAGAUGGCAGCAAGAACGGGCUGUUUUUUUUCUUUUGAAUACAUAUCAUGUUUUUGGGUGGGUGUUUCUCACGUCGCCUGAAUGACCAUCUUCAGAUUACAUGAACGAACAUGUUUUGGUGACCUGCAUUUGUCGACCGGCUAACGUUAGUGUAUUAGCAAGUUACCCAACCUUGUGCGAAGUCUUAGAAGUGAUAUCGGGUGUUGGCUCACCACCACGCUCUGUGUAACUAGUGUAAUACACGGCUCGCCAACUUUGAUUUUGCCCUUGCUGAAUCGGGAUCGUGCGGCACCGCUAGACAAAGAGACGUUCUUUCUUAUUUGUAUGUGCAUUUUUAAUAAUGGGGUCGCUUAAAGCUCUUCAAGAGUGGUGUAGGAUACAAUGCGAGAGUUACAACGAUGUGGAGAUAAGGGAUAUGACGACGUCCUUCAGAGAUGGCCUGGCGUUUUGUGCCAUCAUUCACAGACACAGACCGGAUUUGAUUGACUUUGACUCCCUCUCCAGAGAAAAUGUCUACGAGAACAACCGUCUGGCAUUUGAGGUGGCAGAGUUGGAGCUUGGUAUUCCUGCUUUGCUGGACCCGGAGGACAUGGUGUCCAUGAAAGUGCCUGACCGGUUAAGCAUCAUCACAUACGUCUCUCAGUAUUACAACUUCUUCACUAACAAGUCUCAUGCCAAUCCCCCCUCCCAGAAGAGACCCAGUGGUACUGGCCAAAUAGAACCAGCUCUGAAGAGACUGGUCGCCCCUCUCGAAGACAGAGUGGUAGAGCCUGAGACGGGCGCCACCGGCUCCCCCAGACGCAGCACUCUGAGCAGCACCUGCGCCGCCUGUGGGAAGCACGUGCACCUGGUGCAGAGGUUCCUGGUCGACGGCAAACUCUACCACCGCAACUGUUUCAGAUGCAAGGAGUGUAGCAGCACCUUGCUCCCAGGAUCUUACAAACCAGGAAGUGAUGCAGGUUCCCUGGUCUGCACACAUCACUUCUCCCGGUCCUCCUCAGCCAAUCAGAAUGGCAGACCGGAUCUUAGUAAAAAGCCAGGAAUUCCUUCAAGGUUUUAUCCAAAAAUACCUGAAACUCCUCCCAGUGGGAGGAGCUUGGAGAGACCAGCGCCCACUGAGAGUGUUGCUAGUCCUCAGGCCACACCCCUCCCAGUCUCAGCCAGCAAAUCAGACUCUAUGGAGACAGAGAAAGAAAAGGAUGCUGAGGGAGGAGAAACGCACCACAGUGCAAAGGAGGAGGCCACGCCGCAGCCCUCCACUCCUCCCAAUCCCUUCGACGAGACUGACAACGAGGAGGAGGAAGAGGAGGAGAAGAGGGGACAGGAGGAAGAUACGCCGAAGCCAGCAGGAAAUGCAUUAAACGGUGACCUUCCCCCUACUCCCCUCGACCGAGGCGUCCCCGAGAGCAAGCCUGUACCCACCCCACGACGGGCGGCUGAACUCACCCCCCCUCCGCGCCCAGCCCCGAGGAACAUCCAGCCUCGGGUGACAAACAGUCCAGCAGUAAACGGGGAUCCAGGCGAUCGCAGGCGAUCAGUCCCUGUCCCCCGUGAGCGAUCACACUCCCCUGGAAGCUUCAGCCAAUCCAGUGUCACUCCCAAACCCAAAGACCCGCCCUGGCUGGCCCUCGUCCAGUCAGAGCCCAAGAGGAAGCCGCCCCCUCCCCCUCGUCCUGGUCUCGGUGUAUCUCAGCCCGCCGGCACCGUUCCUUCCCUCAAAGACGAGGGUUCUAGGCCCGCCACGCCCCCACAGUCCACCAACCCCUUUGACGACGAUGAGGAUGAAGAAGAGGAGUUGGCAGAGGAGCAGGCAGAGAGCUUGGCUCCGCCCUCUGUUGUGACCAACCAUCCCUGGUACAGCAUCACCCAGGCAACAGAGGGCUCCGGCACAGACACACCUCCACGCAGACCUAGCCCCACCCCCUCAGUCAGUCCAGGAAGUGGCAGGAAGAAGCGGCCAGCCCCCCGACCACCACGGCCCUCCCCAACAGCUACCCCCUUGUCUCAGCCCUCCUCUGCCUCUCCCUCCCCAGCCCUGAGCACAGAGAGCCUCUGCUCGUCCUCAUCUGACCACGUCCCCUCCAAACCACCGCCCUCCGAGCCGCCGCAGGAGCACCCCUUCACCAAGAGCGUCUCUGAGCCCUCCAUCAGCGGCCCCUCUCCGCCCCCCUCGGACUCGCAGCAGCACCUCUCGCCGAGCCCCUCCCCGCCCCCCACGCCCGCGUCCCCCACCAAUACCAGCUCAGCCCCGGCCACGCCGCAGACCAAUCGGAGUGCAGGGGCCAAGGCACCUCGGCCCCCACCCCCUCGGCCCCCCACUGCACCCAGUACUCUAUCUGCUGGGGCCUCUCCAGCGGCCACGCCCAAGCGCACCUGUAAGGAGAACCCCUUCAACCGGAAGGCCUCCCCCUCCCAUUCCUCCCCCACCAACAGGCCCCCAAAGGGCCCUCGCCCUGCCAGGCCCCCAGCUCCUGGGCACGGCUUCCCCCUCAUCAAACGCAAGGUGCAGUCAGACCAGUACAUCCCAGUGGAGGACAUUCAUGGGGAGAUGGGCGAGCUGGAGAGACAGCUGGACGAGCUGGAGCAGAGAGGCGUGGAGCUGGAGAAGAGACUGCGGGACUGUGGCAAUGAUGAGGAUGAGGAGCACCUGCUGGUGGACUGGUUCACGUUGAUCCAUGAGAAACACCAGCUGGUGCGCAGGGAGGCUGAGCUGGUCUACACGGCCAAACAGCAGAAUCUGGAGGAAAGACAGGCGGACGUGGAGUAUGAACUGCGUUGUCUCCUCAACAAGCCAGAAAAAGAGUGGACAGAAGAGGACAAGAACCGAGAGAAGGAGCUGAUGGCAGAGCUAGUCACCAUCAUUGAGCAGAGGAACCAGAUCAUUAACAACAUGGAUCAGGACAGGCAGAGGGAGGAGGAAGAGGACAAGCUGUUGGCAGCCAUGUUGAAGAAAAAAGAUUUCCACAAAGAUGGAGACGAGCAUAAGAAGAAGGGGGCGAAGUUCAAGCCCAUGAAGGUGCUGAAGAGACUGAGUCACAAGAGUGAGGGACCCAAGGGGGGGGGCAGCCCACGCAAGGAGAAGAGCUGAGCUGAGCUGAAGGCCUCCUCAGCAUUGCAGAAGGGAUGACGCAGAUGACUGGAAGAGUAAAAGAGAGACUGUGUUCAAGAGACAGGAACUUUCAUCUUGAAUAGAAGUGGACUUAGUCGGAAAGAAAUGGAGGACAACCAACCAAAACGUUCCUCCUGUGUCUGUUUAUGUUAUUCUUCAUCCAAAACACAGCCACACAUUAAGUGUAAGACAGUUUGAUUUUUUAUUUUAAUUUUUUACGUUGCCUUUGUGUAAUGUGUGAGGGAGGGGGGAAAGAAACGAGAACAAUAUUGUCUCAAAUACAAAAGAGCUAAAAACGAACCCUAACCUCGUCCUGAAAUGAUCAGGCAGUCGAGCAGAGGUGUGUGUAAUCUUCCAAAGUGCUGUACUACCUUGUGAUUGUAUGUCACAGACUUUACUCAGAGUUUAAGAGGAGUAGCUGGCAAAGCCAUCAGAACCACAUAGGAAGAAAAAUGUAUAUAUUUAUGAAAAGUGAGUCUGGAGUUAUUGUUACCUGCUUGUAGGCGCACCUUCUAAUACUAUGCUUAUUCACCUCGGUUGGAACACAAGGCUUGGGCCACAUAUUUAGUUUAAGGAACAGAUUGAAAAUUAUGGUAUCAAUUGCAUCAUGAUGGUGUUUUUUUUUUUUUUUACACACCCAGUUAUUUUAAAAUCUCUUCCUAACGUUCAUGUUUUCAUCUAAUGAGUUGCAGUCGUAAUAUGGGGAUUUUUCAGUGCCAGCAUGUGGAACGCCAGCCAGCUGGUAACGUGCUGUGCAGUGAGUAAACCUCAAUCCCAGACACCCAGAAACGAGUUGGCAACAGUGGGUUUAAGCCUCCUUGCUAGUGCGGCCGCCUCCCAGUGGUGCGGUGCGGGACUGUGUCUACUCAUCGCCGGUUACACGUUACUGUAGAGCAGUGCUUCCCUGUGGUCAGUCUUUUGUCAUAUCAGCAACAAAAUCUGAUUUCGGAAGUGGUUUUGCGCAUUUAAGGUGUAAUAUGAUCGUGUAUUUGUAUUAGUGCUAUAAGAAUGAACGUGUUCAUUUUUGCGAUUCAUUUGAACGCUUAAAAUGAACGCAGCUGCGUGGGUUUUGUUAUUUUUGUUAGUGCAUUGUAAUGCUAAACAAAUAUCUAACGGCGUCCAAUGUAUAUCUGAGACAGAGUUUAGUUGACUUCACAAGCCUGCAAGGUAAUUGAGCACUUCGCUUUACAACUAACCCAAUGGGCUGUACACCAUGUUCUAACUACCGACGGCUGACCUAGUCACUAGUUCCCUCCAAAGUAUCUCCCUCCUCAAAUGUCCGUCUCUCUUCUCUGUUUAUCCACGUCUUCAUCUCAAUCCCGGUUUCAGAAUAAAAGUCCCUUCACAGUUUACAUUCUACGCAUAUAACAAAUAUGCCUUUCAAGCUGACAGUCAAUUGAUGGCCUUGAUGGUUUUAGUGGAAAUCUGUAGUUCACAGAAGAGAACGUGUUCAAAGUUAAAAAGACGCUAUGAAACAAUAGUAUUUGAAUUUAAAUAUGCGUAGCCUACUUUGUGUUGAUUCUACAUUAAGUCAGUGAUUUGACAUUUAAAUAUCCUUUAGUACAAGCUUCAGUCUUAAGAAAACGAGUUACAAAUAGAAACUGUUUGUUUGUUUUUAAUCAAUUGACAGCACUAAUUUGAACAUGUGGUGUUGGAGAAUCAGAAUGUCAGCUCUAGAAACCCUAGUCACCCAAACACUGUCAGUUCAGAUCUGGAUGUUACAAAAUACCCUGUCUGUUUGCAGACAGAAUAGGAAAUGAGUGACGCCCGAGUUUCCUUGAAGGAUUUGCAACGUUGUGUAAAAAUCUGCAUUAUCAGGGAAAAAAGAGACCCUACAACGGCUGCCCAUGGAAGCUUUUGAUGAAUUUGAUCAUGUUUAAGUGUAGAUAUGUUUAUUAAUGUAUGCAUUAUGUCAUGUGUGGGAAAACCCUUUAGUACAGUUUCUGCAAUAUUGUCUUUAAUUUAUAUAUUACACUGCCUUUUGUUGUGUUUUUAAUUUAUAUACUACACUGCAGUUUUUACUUCGUAACUCUUGUCUGUCAUUAACUGCCGGUGUGUUUUGGCCUUAAGAGAGAAGUAGAUGGUGAUGAGGUUUCCUGAGGGAGUGCCCUUAUUUUACUGUAUUUAUAGAGGAGUGAGGGGUUACAUGUUGUUGUUGUUGUUGUUGUUUUGUCUGAUUCCUUUUGUUUAGUUCUCAUGUGUCACGGGCAAACAUGCUUGUGUGUCUGUAGUCUGUCUGUCUCUCACUCCACCAGACUGAUUCUCCCCUCUGGACUGUGAUAUCCUACAUGUGUCGGUAGUCUGUCUGUCACUCAUACCAGCAGGGGCUUUUGUUGCAUUUAAAUACUGACAUGCUCCACUGCAAGAACAACAAGCCCAAAUACAGACCAGAGAGGCUGAGAAAUAAAACGUAUUAAUGAAACGAA